CCCGCACUGAGGAGCAGCAGCAGCAGGAGGAGGAGGAGGAAGAGAGGGAAGAGGGAGAGAGAGGGAAGGGGAAAACGAUUUCCAUCGCGACUGCUCAAGACGCGGUCGCAUUCCGGCGCACGCUCUCGGCGGGACGCGCGGCUCUCCCGGCAAGACGCAACGACUGGAGGAGCUGAAGCGACAAAGACUCAAGAAGCAGCGGCAGCGGCAGCGAAAUAAAUUCCACCAACACAAAUGCCGGCAUCAGCAACAGCAUGGUCGUGAGCAAUAUCAGCAGCAGCUAGUAUCCUCGGCAAAUUGUAGCAUCGUCACCUUCAUUGUCGUCGUCGUCAUGAUCGUCAUCGCAAGCGACAACAGGAAGCAGUCGUAGGUAGCAGAGGUAUCGUCAGCAGCAGUGGCAUCGUUAUCGAUCACGACAGCAUCGGUGCCGACAGCAUCGGUGCCAACGGCAUCCUCACCACCACCAACAACGUCACCAUCAUUAUCAAGAGCAUUAGCAGUAUCGUCGGCCAUCAUCACCAUCAAGAGUAGCAACAUUACCAUCAUGAGUUGUAAGUAGCAACAGCGGAAUCACUAUCAUAAGCAUCAUCGGCGAGCGUCACCAUCCUCUGUAACUUCGGCAUCAGCCUAAUCGUUAUCAGCAGCAGCAGUAUCACUAUCGAAAGCAGAUGCUUCAUCAUCAACUUCAUCCUUAUUAGAUGCAACAUCACCACAAUUAACACCACGAUCAUCACUACCACUGGCAUUGACGCCACCAUCACCACCGCGACCAGCGCCGCCGCUGCCGCCACCACCACCACCAACAUCGCCACCGCUGCCGCUGCCGCCACCACCACCACCAACAUCGCCACCACCGCCGCCACUGCCGCACCAUGCCAGAGCAAAGCAACGACUACCGCGUGGUGGUGUUCGGCGCCGGCGGCGUGGGCAAGAGCUCGCUGGUGCUGCGCUUCGUGCGCGGAACGUUCCGCGAGAGCUACAUCCCCACCGUGGAGGACACCUACCGACAGGUGAUCAGCUGCGACAAGAGCAUCUGCACGCUGCAGAUCACCGACACGACGGGCUCGCACCAGUUCCCCGCCAUGCAGCGGCUGUCGAUCUCGCGGGGCCACGCGUUCGUGCUCGUCUACUCGAUCGCGAGCCGCCAGUCGCUGGAGGAGCUGAGGCCCAUCUACGAGGUGAUCUGCUCGCUCAAGGGCGACACGGAGGCCGUGCCCAUCAUGCUGGUGGGCAACAAGUGCGACGAGACGACCCGCGAGGUGCAGACGGCGGAGGGCGAGGCGCAGGCCAAGGCCUGGAGGUGCGCCUUCAUGGAGACGUCGGCCAAGAUGGACUACAACGUGCGCGAGCUCUUCCAGGAGCUGCUCAACCUGGAGAAGAGGAGGAACGUGAGCCUCCACGUGGAGGGAAAGAAGUCCCGCGCGGAGGGCGGCAAGAAGGAGAGGAUGAAGGGCAAGUGCGUCGUCAUGUAAGAGGGGAUAGGGAAGACAACGACGAUGAUGAGAAGAAUAAUGGCCAAAUUACUUUGAUGAAGAGGUAGAACUUUGAUGACGAUAGGAAUGGCCCAAUGGUGACCACAAGGAAAUCCUCAUUAUACAGAGGAUGACGAUGGCACAUUUGUAGCGGAGGAAAACCGGUGGACAGAACUUAGUGAUUGAAGGUGGUCAAGAGGGAU